CCGCCCCACCUCUCUGCUGCAGUCUCGAAUUUCUCUUAUAGUUUUGGGCUAUUGGAUAGACCCAAUGUAGCCCAGAAAAAGAAGGAAAAACAUUUAAUUAACAGUUUAAUCAUCCUUGGACGAGCAUACACAAAAAGGCAAGGAUUUAAGUUAAUCUAAGACAUUAAACAACAAAUUAAUCUGAACAAUACUCAAAUCAAAUACUUACCCAUAAACUAAUGCGUAUCGCAUUCCCGCUUUUAUUUCGUCUGGUUUUCAGAGCUUCGCUUUCUUCCGAACCAAUCUGGGUUAAGGUUUUAAAUUCAUGGCUGGAACAUCGGACAAAGCAGGUAAGAACAGCAAAGGCGUGCGUUUGGCUACUGUGAAGGAUGAAUCCGCUUCUUCCUCCAAGGGAAACAGUUGUACGAAGAUAGAGUACGAGAUCCUCAAGGAGAAUCACGAGACUCUGAAGGUGGAUUACGAGAGUCUUCAGAAAAGGGUUAAGCUUGCAGAGGAGACAUAUGAGGUCAUGAAGAAGCUGCUUCAGAGCAAAGGUGAGGGACUGGAGGUGACCAAUGCCCGCUUGGUGGAGGAUUGUGCGAGGGAGAGAAGCGACAAGGAUAAGUAUAGGAAAAUGGAGAGUGAGAGAAAGGCCAAGAUGGAUGAGCUGAGGAAGAGAGAAGAGGAGCUUUUGAUGGCGACUAGGAAAGGGAAAGAAGAUUCCGCGGAACUGGAGAGCAAGUUUGUUGCAUUAGCUGAGAGAUUUUGCGUGGUUGAAGCAGAUUGCUCAUACUUGAAGUCGCUCUAUGAUGCUGAAGUUGCAGCUUCAGGGAACAAUAAUGCGAACAACGAUGCUACAGUGAUAAGUGAUCACAAUGAUCAAUGCAAGAAGCAAGAAAGAGCUGUCACUAAUCAUCAUUCACCGCCUUCCUCUGCUUCACCAUCAUCGUCAUCUUCAGAUGGCUAUGACGUUGUGUUUAAGCUUCCAGCUAAUUGGCCCGAGUGGGCAACCCCAAAAGGUCCCGGUGAUGAUUCCAGCAAGUCUUAGAAGAAUGCAGAGAACACAGAUUGAAAGCUAGCUAAGGGAAACUUCUUAUUACAUAAUACAAUCUCUCUUUCGAGGAACUAUUGUUAAAUUCGUAAGGAACUACAGGUGUUGACGCAUUUUGAAACUAAUCAAGAGAAAGCAAAAACGUUUUGGUGUCUAAUAGCCAACACUACUUGUCUUAAGACGUGUCAUUAGCAUUUCAUAAGUAUGGAUGAGUUUUCUUUUCUGCUGGAAUACAUGAAAACUAUUGUAAACCCAUACAUCAAUACAAAUUGCACUUGUUCUAUGUAAA